GUAUGGACGCGUCGGACCGCGGGCUGCUCCUGAGCCGGCUGGCAGACGCAAUCGAGAGGGACACAGCCUACCUAGCGGUUGCUGACCUGAGCAGCUCCCACGCUGAAGUCACAUGGCAGAGAUAGAGACGCAGGGUCACGGCUAGGUCACAUGAUCAACACUGAGAAACCGCUGUGGAAGUGGAGUAAAAUAAUUCCUUAGUGCUGCUCUUACAAGACAUACACAAAACAUAUUUGUUGGUGUUAUGUUACAGGUUUGGCGAAAGUAAUAGGGGAAAGGCUAUAGUGGUGAAAGGGUUUCUCUGGGCUUGUUUUGAUAAAAUAAUGAACAGCUUCAGCACAGGAAGCUGCCCUACUUUGCCUGGUAAAUGAGGCCCUGCUAAAAUCAGAUUUUCAAGGUCCAUCAGGGUGCAAGGUCCAUCAGGACUGGAAAUAGCAAUGAUUCUGUCCACGGAGCCGGCUCUACCUACAUGUUAUAUAUGGAUAUGGUGUGUAUUUGAGAGGGAGUCUGUCCAGAGCCAAGCCAGUGACUCAUCGGUACUUGUAAGACUGGCCAAUCUGUUUAAGUAUGUACAGUCCAAUGUCUUCAACAUGAACUGUAUGUGCCUGUAAAUGUUGUAUCUAGAUACGUUUUGUCGUGUGUGUUAUGUUGACCACAUAUACUCUUGUUUUCCCCUUCAAAAUAUUGGAUUCUAAUGUGACCUAACUAAAGUGAGGGUUACUGGUGUUUAACUGGACUCUGAACUGAUUAACACCCUGUAGCAGUAAAUAGUCCCUGUAAUUUGAUAUGACAAUGUUAUAGUAAAACAUCUGUUUAGCCCAUUAGCAGCAUGUUACAGAGCCUACCUCUAAAUACAUACUGUAUGCUUCUGUGUACAACACUGGAUAUCUAUUAGCUCUUUCUAGGAAGGUAUUGCCAUUUUUUUAAUUAACAUUUGUUAGGGGGUAGAUCAGCUUUAUUAUUGCAGAUGGCUUCCAGCAAUGUAAUUGUCUGCAUUGUUUCCAAUCCCUCAUAUAUUUUUUUGUAAAAAAAACACAAAUAUAUAUAUAUAUACACACACACACACUACCGUUCAAAAGUUUGCGGUCACUCUGAAAUGUCCUUGUUUUUUAAAGAAAAUCACAUUUUUGUCCAUUAAAAUAACAUCAAAUUGAUCAGAAAUACAGUGUAGACAUUGCUAAUGGUGUAAAUGACUAUUGUAGCUGGAAACAGAUGAUUUUUUAUGGAAUAUGUACGUAGGCGUACAGUGGCCCAUUAUCAGCAACCAUCACUUCUGUGUUCCAAUGGCACGUUGUGUUAGCUAAUCCAAGUUUAUCAUUUUAAAAGGCUAAUUGAUCAUUCAAAAACCCUUUUGCAAUUAUGUUAGCACAGCUGAAAACUGCUGUGCUGAUUAAAGGAGCAAUAAAACUGGCCUUCUUUAGACUAGUUGAGUAUCUGGAGCAUCAGCAUUUGUGGGUUCGAUUACAGGCUCAAAAUGGUCAGAAACAAAGAACUUUCUUCUGAAAUUCGUCAGUCUAUUCUUGUUCUGAGAAAUGAAGGCUAUUCCAUGCUAGAAAUUGCCAAGAAAUUUAAGAUCUCGUACUACGCUGUGUACUACUCCCUUCACAGAACAGCACAAACAGGCUCUAACCAGAAUAGAAAGAGGAGUGGGAGGCCCCGGUGCAGAACUGAGCAAGAGGACAAGUACAUUAGAGUGUCUAGUUUGAGAAACAGAAGCCUCAGAAGUCCUCAAGCAUCCUGGAGUCGCCUCUUCACUGUUGAUGUUGAGACUGGUGUUUUGCGGGAACUGGAGACCCUGGACAAUGGGAAGCCCUAUGCCGUAUCCUACAGCGUGGACGUGCCCAUGGUGGUCAAGUGCCUCAGGUACUGUGCAGGCUGGGCAGAUAAGUGGGAGGGGAAGACCAUUCCCAUCGAUGGAGACUUCUUCUGCUACACCCGUCAUGAGCCCAUUGGUGUGUGUGGCCAGAUCAUCCCGUGGAACUUCCCUCUGCUGAUGCAGGCAUGGAAGCUGGGGCCAGCUCUGGCUACAGGCAACACUGUGGUGAUGAAGGUGGCUGAGCAGACCCCCCUCACUGCCCUGUAUGUGGCCAGUCUCAUCAAGGAGGUUGGUUUCCCUCCAGGUGUGGUGAACAUCCUGCCUGGUAUGGGUCCAUCUGCUGGUUCUGCCAUCGCCUCCCACAUGGAUGUGGAUAAGGUGGCUUUCACAGGAUCUACUGAGGUAGGUCACCUGAUCCAGCAGGCAUCUGGCUCCAGCAACCUGAAGAAGGUCACUCUGGAGCUGGGAGGAAAGAGCCCCAACAUAAUCAUGUCUGAUGCCAACAUGGCGGAGGCGGUGGAACAGUCCCACUUUGCCCUGUUCUUUAACCAGGGCCAGUGCUGCUGUGCCGGCUCCCGUACAUACGUGCAGGACACCAUCUAUGAUGAGUUUAUGGAGCGCAGUGUGGAGCGGGCCAAGAGCAGGGUGGUGGGAGACCCCUUCAACAUGAAGACUGAGCAGGGACCGCAGGUGGAUGAGGAACAGUUCAAGAAGAUUCUGGGCUACAUCAGCAGUGGUAAGAGUGAGGGGGCCAAGCUGAUGUGCGGGGGAGGGGUGGCUGCAGACCGUGGCUACUUCAUCCAACCAACCAUCUUUGGAGAUGUCCAGGACGGCAUGACCAUCGCCCGUGAGGAGAUCUUUGGGCCGGUGAUGCAGAUCCUGAAGUUUAAGACUCUGGAGGAGGUGGUUGAGAGAGCCAACGACACAAAGUACGGCCUGGCAGCUGCUGUCUUCACCAAAGACAUCGACAAGGCCCACUACAUCUCUAGCGGAAUUCGCGCUGGUACUGUCUGGAUUAACUGCUAUAAUGUGUUUGGAGCACAAGCCCCCUUCGGUGGCUACAAAUAUUCUGGUAACGGUCGUGAGCUGGGAGAGUAUGGCCUGGACAACUACACUGAAGUGAAAACGGUAACAAUCAAGGUCCCUCAGAAAAACUCGUAAAGACGUCUGAACUCUGCCUCCAAUCAAGGAAACUAACUGACCAUAGGAAGGCUCUAUGGGACUAAAUCAGCCUUUAUUUGGUUUGUCACAGAGUUUAUCAGUUAUUCAGUUGGACUUUAGUGUUACUUAGCCUCUGUACUCAUCUCUAACUUCAUGUAAAGAAUUUCCAAACAAGAUGAGAAAACAAUUACAGGCAUGGUGCUGUUAGUUUACACCCAGCUUGUUGUACAGCCGUGUCAAACUUCAACAGCUUAUUUUAAGCACUUCAUAGAGCAUGCCAUAAUAUUUCAUAAUACUUAUUUCAGUCAUUAUGUUCAUCCUGUUUUUAUAUGGUGAAUCCCUGCUACAAUGCAGAGUAGUUUUGCACUCUUUUAGAGUGAAAGUGUGAACUUUGAAAGUAUUUUGGAUAAUAAAUGCACUUGAUACUCGCUA